CAAGGGAGGAGAGAGGAAGGGGGAGCAGAGAGAAAGACAGAGAGAAGAGUGAGAAGAGGGAACGAUAGGCUGAACCCGCGUGAGGGGAAACAAGAACCAGCCUCGCGGAAAAGAGGGGGGAAAAAGAGGGGUGAGGACAAAGGAGAGAGCAUGGAGGGAGCAGGAAAAUGUCCGUUUAACGAGGCAGCGGAGAGGAGACUCUGGUCGUCCUGCACAUAGCCGAGGUAAAACGGACAGCUCCCCACCUCUUUUGUCUUUUUGUGGCUUUUUGAUGCCGUGGCGGGAGCAAUCACACAGCAAGCUCGAAAGGCGGAAAACAGUUUUUAGUCCGUCUGCAGAUUGUGCCAGCUUGCGAUGGCUGUUGUGGGGCGAUGCAGAAGCACAAAGGAUAACGCACCUCUUUGUUUUUAUUUCGUCGUUGUUUUUGUACUCAGUGGCCUUACGGAUGCACAAAUUCGCUACACAAUUCCAGAGGAGCUGGAGACCGGGGCUGUGGUUGGUGACAUCGUUCGAGAUUUGGGACUCGACCUGCGAAAGCUCUCGGCCCGCCGCAUCAGAAUAAGCUCGGACAGCGCGAGGCGGUACUUCAGCAUCAACCACAAAACCGGUAAGCUCUUGGUCAGUGACCGGAUCGACCGCGAGACGCUCUGUGAGUUCAGCGGCGCCUGCCUUCUUAGCCUCGAGGUGGUCGUGGAGAAUCCCCUCGAGGUGCACAACGUGGAGGUGGAAAUUCUGGACGCGAACGACAACGCGCCUCUUUUCCCCAGAGACGAGUACCAGCUGGAGAUCUCCGAGGCGGCUCAGCCUGGCGCGCGGUUCCCUAUCGAAGGCGCGCAGGACGCGGACGACGCCUCAAAUUCCGUGCGCCAUUAUCGCCUCUCCCCGAACGAGCACCUUGCACUGGACUCCAACAAGCCGCCCGCCAAUGGAAAACACAUAGAGCUCAUUCUGAAAAAGCCGUUCGAUCGCGAGCUGGUGCCAUCUCAUCAGCUCGUGCUCACAGCUACGGACGGUGGCACUCCCCCGCGCUCAGGCACAGCCAAAAUCAAUGUGCGUGUUUUGGACACCAACGACAACGUGCCGAAGUUCGACAGCUCUGUGUACAAAGUGAAGCUGCGGGAGAAUUCGCCUCUCGGGGCUCUGGUGAUCAAACUGAAUGCCACAGAUCGAGACGAAGGCACAAAUGGAGAAGUUUAUUACUCCUUCAGUUCAUACACGCCGGAAAGGGUUCGACAGAUGUUCAGCAUGGAUACAGACACAGGAGAGAUCCGAGUCAAGAGUAACGUGGACUAUGAGGAGACCAACAGCUAUGAAAUGUAUAUCCAGGCUAUGGACCGAGGGCAUGGGGCGGUAGCAGUGCACUGCAAAGUAGUGGUGGAGGUGCUAGAUGUAAAUGAUAACCCUCCUGAGAUUGUACUCUCCACUCUCUCCAGUCCAGUGAGGGAGGACGCUCGAGCAGACACUGUGGUGGCCCUGAUCAGUGUUAAUGACCGUGACUCUGGCCAAAACAAGCAUGUCACCUUAGACAUCAUUCCUCCUGACCUGCCUUUUAAGAUAAAAUCAUUCAGGAACCACUACACCAUAGUCACCUCAGCCUUCUUGGACAGAGAAACCAUAUCAUACUAUAAUGUCACAAUUACCGCAGUCGAUGGAGGAACUCCAGCUCUUUCCUCUUCCAUGAUUGUACGUGUAGACGUGGCGGACGUGAAUGACAACCCACCUCGUUUUGAGCAGACAUCCUACACUGUCUAUGUCACUGAGAAUAAUGCCCCAAGUGCUCCUUUGUGUGUUGUUAAGGCCACAGAUCCUGACGCCAAUGAGAAUGCCCGCAUUACUUACACUGUUCUAAACGAUAACAACCAUGGGAUUUCAGUGACAUCAUACGUGUCGAUCAAACCCGCCACAGGUGAAGUGUACGCGUUGCGCUCUUUUGACUUCGAGAAACUGCGAGAGUUUCACUUCCAGGUCAAAGCUCAAGACAAUGGUGUGCCACCUUUGAGCCGUGUGGCAACAGUCUACGUUUAUGUCAUGGACUCCAAUGACCACGCACCACGCUUUGUCCACCCAGUCGCCAAUGUGUCCCACACAACCGAGACUAUCCUCCGGAAUGCAGAGGCAGGUGUGCUGGUAACACGUGUGCUGGCAUGGGAUGGGGAUGCAGGGCAGAAUGCCUGGCUGCUCUAUGCACUCGAACACCCUCCCGAGCUUGACCUGUUCAAGGUGCAUGAACACACAGGUGAGAUCCGCACCACGCGUCGCGUUUUUGAGGACAACUCCACCGUCUUCAGCCUUACAGUGCACGUCAGAGACCAUGGCCUGCCGCCACGCUCUGCCUCUGCCACCAUUAAUGUGGCUGUCAUGGAACUCCCACCAAAAGUGGCCCCUGAUCCCAAACGCAUCAUAAGGCCACAUGGAACCCUCAUCUUCUCCAAUGUUACGUUAUACCUCAUCGUCGCCCUCACUGCCACCACCUUUGUCUUCUUGGUCACUGUUUUCGUCCUGGCCAUCGUGCGCUGCCAUGCUUACUGCAGCCAACCUGAUGCAUGCUCUUGCUCACCUUGUUGUGGAUCCAAGAAGAAGAAGACGCCCAAAGAAGGUGGAGGAAGUGGGGGAGGAGGUGGAGGUGGUGGGGCCUCAGGUGGAGGUGGAGGAGGAGGAGGAGGAGGGGGAGGAGGAAACCAGCAGCAACAGGCUGUAGCCCUGCGGAGGGACCUUAAAGUAGAGCCUCACUACAUUGAAGUUCGAGGAAAUGGCUCUCUGACCAAAACGUACUGCUACAAGACCUGCCUAACAGCCACUUCAGGAAGUGACACGUUCAUGUUCUACAAUACAGGCCGGCCACUAAGUGGGACCUGGGGCUCGGGGGCAGAGCGGUUCUUCACAAGCCAGAGUGGACAGUUUGUGAGAAGGCUUAGUAUGCCCGACGCCACGGCCAUACAGCCCAAGGCUCCAAAUGCAGACUGGAGAUACUCAGCUUCUCUCAGAGCAGGAAUGCAAAGCUCUGUUCAUAUGGAAGAGUCGUCUGUGAUGCAGGGGGCUCAAGGGGUUCUGGUGCAGAAUUGGCCCACUGUUUCCAGUGCUGCCGAUAAUGAAGGUGGGGAAGUGUCUCCUCCCGUAGGCGCUGGUGUGGACAGUAACAGUUGGCAUUUCCGGUAUGGCCCAGGCCCUGGCGGACCCCCUCAACAUCUGAAGCCUGGCGAAGUCCCACCUGAAGCCUUCAUAAUCCCUGGCUCUCCUGCCAUCAUCUCUAUCAGACAAGGGCAGGACGGUGAUGACAAGAGUGACUUCAUCACCUUUGGCAAGAAGGAAGAGGCCAAAAAGAAGAAAAAGAAGAAGAAGGAGAAGAAGGACAAAAGGGAGAAAGGGAAAGAUGAUGAUGAGUAGAGUAGGAGAGGAUGCGUUUAAAAAGAACACUUGUAUAUAAGACAGAGAUCUCAACAGGAGUCUGCAAUGGUUCAAACAGUUAAUAAGGUCAUAGGUGCAGAUUAUUUCUUAUAUUUUUAUCUCCUCUUACAUAUUUCACAUGGCCUACAGGAAGCCUCUGAUUAAGAUCUUUGAACUUGGUCCAUGUUUAAUUCUAUCAGAUUUGGCCUUACACAGAUUACGGUUAACACCAUUCUCUUUAAUGAUGUAAAUGAUGAAAUGAUAUGAUUGAUUUAUUAUUUUCUUCCAUGCCCCAGAGUGCCUGGCCACCCACUCUUCUCACCAGAAAGAGUGAGUGAGUGUGAAAGAGAGAUUUAAGAGAGUGGAGAGAGGGUUAUCACCUUAUCCCCUUAUUUGUUCAGGCUGCUGUUGACACCUCUGUCUUAUUCAUCCUUGUGGUUUUCGUUUUCCGGUCUUGUUCGAGAGGGAGACAAAAUCAGAAAAAAAGUUCAAAAGCAGUGCACCACUUUUCACAUGCUGAAUGGGAGAAGGGUUGGAAAUUAAAGGAGAAAAGAAAAGUGAAAAAACAAAGAACAAAAAGGAAAAGCUUUGAGACUGGAAGUGGGACUCGCACUGGUGUAAAUAUGGCGGCAGAAGGAGAAACCGCCCGCCGUGCUGUAAAGUAAAACGCAGUGAUGAUGCUAAACUAAUGCUUCUGCUCACUCUGUUCUCUGUCUUUGUGUUCACGAUGGAGGAGCAGCUCAGACUAACAAGGGACACAAGAACACUUUCACAUGAGGCUCUUCAAAAGAAAGAAAGAGAAAAGAGCCCAGUCUGGGAGAGAGAGUUAUAUUGAUCUGUGUAUUCGCAAAAAUGAAAGAAAAACAAUGCUGAAUGGUGAAAUGCAAGCACUUUUUUGUUUGUUUUGUUUAGUACUGAUUUUGUAACUAGCACUCUCCCAGCCAUUGUAUAGGUGUAUUAUCUGAAAACAUAAACUCCUACCCUAGCCACAUACACACACACACACACGCAUACACUCACACAUACACCUUUAAAACAGGGUCAAAAUCAGCACUCUGCUACCAACAGAACCCCAGCAGCAUUCCUAUCUUCUGUAUCUUUUCAGAGAGGCAGCUGUGCCUUGGGAAAGCCAAGCAUCUAACCAAGCACAGGGCAAAACUGGGGGAAACACAUCUCUGGCAAGAAUCAGAGUGUUGAAAGAAACAGGGAAAACUUGGACUGCUACAUUGGAUAAAUAUAGCUGCCUAUUGGCAAGAGUGGUGCUUUGGUCGCCUCUCUCCUUUACGCUGUAGUGGGGGACGGAGCUACACAGGCAGCAGAGAAACUGAUUCUAUUACUGAAAAGACUGUAGUUAGGUAGUGUCGCAUAGACAGAUAGCUGAUACAAUUGUACAAUACAUAAAAAGAGCAGUGUUAGGGAAAUUCAGAACCCCUCUUAUCCCCUCAGAACUUCCCUUUUGCAGUGGCCUGAAGCUUAUGCUGUGAAUGUCUGGUAACGCUGCCCCUAAGCUUGUUUUCCUUCGGACCUUUAACCCUGUUUUUGUGCCUGCUUCCUCAGCCCAUCUGAGGGUGCGGUGUGUGGAACUUGUCCUGUACAAUGUAACCUUGCCUUUCUGCCUGGAGGACUAACACACAUCAGCGAAAUUUAAGAACAAAUUUGUCCGAUUCUUGAGUUUUGUUUUAAGUUGAAAAAGGGUGGUGUUUUUUUCUUAAGCUCUGUUUUUAUAAGCUUUAAUUGAUCUAUAUUGCAUCUGUACAGUGCAUCAUUCGCUCUCUUUCUCUCUGACUCUCUCUGCCCUGGGUUUAUCCUCUGUUCUGUCUGAAUGUUGGGUAGGCUAGCUCUAGUCAUUGUGGUGUGCUCGCGUAGCAUGGAGUAAUGCAGAUAAUGCCUGUUAAAUCUCCCCUGCAGAGAACAGAGACAGCUCCGAGAGCUCUGUCAGAUAUGUACACAGUCUAGUGCUUUUAUCCAGUGAACAUCACUCCUCUUUGUGUGUGUGUGUGAGUGAGUGUGUGAGUGAGUGUGUGUGUGACCAGUGAACUGGCUGCUGGUUCUUCACUGCUUGUGUUUGUUCAGGGGGAGAGGAUAAAACAGAGGGGAGGGUUCAGCGCAUGGUCAAGGGAAGGAGUUUGGCCGGAGUAGGUCAUGAUCUGAAUAGACAUAAAUAUUGAAUUACCAGCUCUACUGAUUUGAACCAUGGUAUGUUCACAUUGAUUUGAGUUGGAAAUUGGCCUGAAAAGGUUAUCAAGUUACUCCAGAAGAAAAUCUAGCAGAUGGAACGGAAUUAUCUUCUCCACCCCAAACUCCUAUCUCUGCCCUGUUGGUUUCCAGUGAAGGGGAAGCUACAUGCUUCUGCUCUGCUGCUACUGGCUCCCUCCCCUGCCUGUCUACUCUAUAGCCACACCCCCAAACUCAUGGCUCAAACUGAUGUCACAUUCAGCUGUGACUGCUGCAUGACCUAAUCAGAGGGAAACACUUACUAUAUAGAGAUAUAUAUGAAUAUAGAUAUAGAUUGCUAUGAUUUACUAUUUUUGUUUAUGAUUUUUAUCCAUUACUCGCACAAGAGAUUUGUGUAUGUACCGUCUCUACUAAGCCUUUGCAUAUUGACACCCUCUGCACCCACUCACAAUGGACAUCUACAAUGUUACUAAACCUUCUAGAUAUUUGUAAAUGCUAUAUAGUGUGAUGCCCUGAAGCUCUUGAUCCUUUCCUUUCUUUUCAGUUUUGCUUUUGACAAAUUACGGAAGAAAAAAAAAACAAAAAACAAAAAAAUAUAUAUCACUUUUGUGUCUGGCUUCGACAUACUGAUCUAACACUGUAUUAUUGUAUCUGAAUUAUUAUGUAUUACAACUCUAUCUCUUCUCCUUCACCCCUUUGAGGAAUAAAAAAAUAAGCAAAGAAAAUGUAAAAAAAAAAACUGAUGUAAAAUACAGUAUAUGUAGUGUAUGCUUGUACCUAGUGAGCGUUCAUGCUGUCAUUUUUUUCUCAGUGUCUGGUGGUGGUCAGUAGGUGGCGCAGCACUGUCUGCAUGGGCAGUGCUCAUCUGUUGUAAAACCUUCUUUUUGUACACCUGCUAAUCAACUGUGACGGUGAAAUAGUAAAGUCCAUCUUUCUCUUUCUCUUUUUU